GUUGAUUGUAUAAGGUGUAUUCAGAAGAAUGAAUUCAGAACCGAUAGUCUCUUCGGAACCAACAACAACAGUGACAGCUGAUGAUGAGAACAUGUCUAAGCGAAAACGUCGCAAAUUAGAGAAGUACUUGAAAAGUAAAGAGGCAAGACGUGAUGCAAGAAAAGCACAAAAACAACGUCGUAAAAUGCGACAAAAUUUGUUAAAACAAAAUAUUCAAUCUUCUCAAGCUACUGUUGUCAAUGAUGCUCAUGAUACCAACAAUGGUAACUCAGUAGAGGAUUCGUCAAAUACUGUUGAUUGUUCUGUUUCACAAAAACCUGUACAGCAACGUCGUAUUCAAAAAAUGUCAGAAUCUAAAUGUCAAACUAAAGUUGUCAUUGAUUGUGCUUAUGAUCAUUUGAUGUCAUUCAAAGAUAUCUGUAAAUUAGCUCAACAGGUUACUAAAUGUUAUUCUAUUAAUCGACGUGCAGAACAUCCAGUCCAGUUGUAUAUAACUGGAUUAGGCUCCUCUGAACAAAGCCAGUGCAUCAUUGCGGAUAAUCAUAACGGUGGGAAUAAUUCCAAGGAGAAAUCUUCCUUAAACAUAGAUAUAUCAAAAUGUGAUUCUGUCCGUCUGUUAGAUAAACUGAAGUUAUGCGAUUGUGACAAUUGGGAUGUCAAUUUGUGUGAGGAAAAUUUCCAGUCAAUGUUUUCAGCCAAUGAAAUUGUUUAUUUAUGCGCAGAAUCAGAGAAUAUUCUUCCAGAUCAUUUUGAAAGCUCAUCAUCGUCAUCAUCAUCAGAAGAUGCCUCUAUUGGUGUCACUGACAAGCAAGACAAUCAUCCAGUGAAAUUCUCUGUGAAUGAUGUGUAUGUCAUCGGUGGAUUAAUUGAUCAUAAUAGUUUGAAAGGAUAUUGUUAUCGACAAGCCUGUGAACAAGGUUAUCGAACAGCUAGACUACCAUUGAAAGAGAUCGACCUACACAUAGAAGGUCGACAUGUUCUAUCGACUGUACAUGUUUUUCAAGCACUGUGUCCAGUUCUAUCAGGUACGAAAACAUGGUUAGAAAGUUUGAAAUUAGCUAUACCGCCUAGGAAAUUAACAGUGACACAUAAGUGAUACAUGCUUCUUUCCUUCCUUGCUACUUUUAUACAUAUAUAUAAUUUCAAAUAAAUUGUAUAUAUUCUCCUGAUGUCUGCUUUCUUUAAAAAGUAUCUCAAUUACAUUAUUUGAUGA